UUGUAACAUUGUUCUCACAUGUGUUAAACAAGGGAAUAUGUGUUAAACAAUGGAACAUGUGAAUCUGUGAAUAAACCAAUAAACAAUCCCAUCUAGCAACACUUGUACUAUGAGAGCCUUUAAAUCCUAGACAAAAGAAUCUGUCAGCUUUUUUUUUUUUGGUCUCGGAAGAAUCUCUGAGCUAGAGCCACCAUUCAAAACUACUAGUCUCGUCUUCAUAAAAUCCCACCUAACUAAACUAAUCACUCACAGAAGAAGUUGGCAUACUAUACUAAUUUAAGUUGUUAUUCCUUGCAGAUCCUUUCUUUUGCCUAUAAAGAUGGCCACACACUUGAUAUAGCCUUCAGAAAAAAGUCAUAUUGCUUUGGAAGUGGACAUAGCCUGUCGCAAACAAAGUAAGAUGGCCCCAGACUUGAUCAAGGUUGAAAUCAUUGAGAGGCAAACAGUCAAACCAUCAUCCCCAACUCCUCAUUCCUCGAGAACCAUACAGCUCUCUGUUUUGGAUCAGAUGGUUCUUAGUCACGUUUACUUCCCAACGCUUCUCUUCUAUUCCGGCAACAAUAAUAUUACUGGUUCAGGAGGUGGAGCUACUUCUACAGACAUGGCGGCCAUGAGGAUGGAGAGAGAUUAUUGUCAGCAUCUAAUUCGGUCAUUAGCUAAAACUCUCACUCACUUCUACCCUCUAGCAGGAAGAUUGAGUAAAGGCUAUGACAUGAUCCAAUGCACUGAUGAUGGAGCUGAGUUCGUGACGGCCCGAGUCAAAUGUUCCUUAUCGCGGAUUUUUGAACAUCCAGAUUUCGAGAUGCUAACUGGGCUCGUCCCAGCAGUUGGUCAACCUGACGGUGAUGGUGAUGGUGUUUCCACGAGGCUCCCGUUGCUUGCUGUGCAAGCCAACUUGUUCGAGUGUGGAGGAAUAGCAAUAGGGUUGAAUUUUUCACAUAAGGUUGUUGAUGGCAUCACAGCUAGCGCCUUCAUCAGUUGUUGGGCCAAAACAGCCCUCGAUGAUGGUGACGAUGAUCAGGUACCCUUCAUGGUCCCAAAAUUUGAUGCUGCGUCUUAUUUUCCACCACUAGAUUUCUUAAACUCAUCACAGCCAUCAUCAGCUGAGCUGGUGGGCAUCAUUAAACAAGACAAGUGCAUAACAAAGAGAUUUGUGUUUGAUAACUCAAAGAUUGCCACCCUCCAAUCAAAUUUGGCCAGCGCAGUGGCACCUCAUGCACCGACACGUGUCCUUGUAGUUUCAGCACUCAUUUGGAAAUGUGCAAUGGAAGCAUCAUCCAAAUCAUCAAACAUACCACCAUCUUCGUUCCUACUAACUAUGGACUUGCGUAGAUGGUUUGAGCCACCCUUGCCACAAAACUUGGCUGGGAACGUUGUUGGUAUUUUAGUAGUCACCGCAACAGCAUCAUUAAAAGGUCAAGAAGAGAGUAAUGAGACAAUAGAUCUAAAAGACUUGGUUGCCAAACUCAGUAAAGGUUUCCGUUUUAUGAAGCCGAUUUUGGAUGGGGAGAGCCGACAUGGGUUAGCGUUCCUAGUAUUGGUUGUAAGGAUGCGUUUUAUCUGAUUGAUAAAAAAGAUGGCAAGGGAAUAGAAGCAUUGUUGAGUUUGAGUGAAGAAAUCAUGGAGCAUUUUGAAAGCAAUCCGGAGCUUCUUAAAUAUGCUUCUGUAAAUCCAAGGGUCAUGUAGCACUAUGUGUUAAGGUCGGAGUUUGGUCGAGUUUAAUUAGUAUUGUUGUGUCGUGAGAAUAAUUAUUUUCAUUGCGCUAGCUGUGAGAAUAAUCACUUUCAAUUGUUUUGUGAGAAGAUGGUUAUUGAAUUUGUUGUCUUCAUGAAAAGAAAUAUAAUCAAAUCAAUAUUAUAUUGCUCAUAUCAUUAUGCCUCA